GGACCUGGAGCCGCACAAGUGUGUGUGGGAGGAGAAGGUGGAGGAGCAGUGGAGCGACCGGGAGAAGGAGAAGGAGAGGACCCGGAUCAAGGAGGCCAAGAAGGCGGCUGUGGUGAAGUGGUGGAAGGAUGCAGGAGGAGCCCAGUCGGCCCAGGAGCUCCGUGAGACGCACACUGCUAUGCGUGAGCGGGUCGUUCACCCGACCGCCUCUCUGAGAUCUGCACCAGGGCGCGCGACCGAGCCAAAAGCAAGGGGAGUCGUUCUCAUCGACAAGGCGACCAACACUGAGCGAGAAGCGGACGGAGCCGCGGGGGCGGCGCCGAGGGAGCGGAGGGAUGCGGCAGUGGGCCCGGAGGCCCCGCGAGGCACCCCCGCAGCGCACCAGGCGAGCGCAGACAGGCUGCUGGAGACCCUGAGGAGGAUGGAGGCCACGGUGGGCGGCGCGCUGGAGGCCGCCGAGCUGGUGCGAGAGAGCGAGCGGAGGGUGGGCCGAGUCCAAGCCAGGCUGGAGAGCGUCGCCCGGAGGAUGGAGGAGGCCCUGGGCCGAGCAGCGCACACCGACAAGCAGCUGGGCCGCCUGGAGGCCAGCGUCACAGAGCAGAGCCCGGCUCAGCUUCCAGCUCCUGCUCUGCCAGCUGGUCCCGAUCCGGGCUCCACGGCCGAACCCCCCGCGGAGCCUGAGGACAGACGCCCUCCAUCUGCAGUGAGCGGUGGCACAGAAGGAGGGAGCUGCAGCAAGCUCCGGGUCGAGCGGAACCACUUUCGUCCUCCUGAACGAGGCGCCCACAGCUCCUCGGGCUCCGGCGGCGCCGACGGCCCGCUUGUCUUUCCCCUCGCUCGCCCUCGCGCUCGCCCUCGGCCCGCGGCGCCCCCCACCAUGCCCACGCUGCCGGAGGAGGAGGAGGACUCACCUGAGGAGCUGGACAGCUCCUCCAGUUCUCCCAGUACCUCCACACCGGGCGAAAGCCAGGCCGUCGUCUUGGCCGCCCCCACUAUCGUGUACCCUCAGCAGGCCUCCAUCCUCCAGCCCGACGGGCGGCACCUGGAGCAGAGCAGGCCACACAGUCCCAGAGCUCGCGUGGCCAGAAACCCCUCAGGAGGACCCAUCACCACAGUAGACAGCACAGGUCAUGUGAUCGACCUGCUGAAGGACCGUCUGCCGGAGCUGCAGCUGUCGGCGGAGGAUCGGCAGAAGAACCUGGAGCUGCUGGAGCAGGCGAAGCAGGUCAGCGACCGCUUCCUGGCGCGCCGCGGCCGCCGCUCCACCAGCAGCCUCACCGACUCCCCCACAGGCCUUUCUCCAUCUCCGACCACCUCGCCUGCUUCUUCCAGGAGCAGCUCGCUGACUGUGCCUCCUCAAACCGCUGUGGGAUCCUCAGACAUCAGCUCACAGUCUGCUCAGCACCUGUCGGUUCCGUCAGUGAGAGAACAGCCUGAUGUGACGGCUCAGGACCAGGAGGACAGACUGCUGCUGCUGGACUGGAAGCCCGCUGAGAAAAGGAAAGUGUCCUCUGGGACGCUGACGCCCCGUUUCGCUGUCCAGAAGGAGACCUUUGACCCCUCCGUACCGAGGAGCCCCCCCACGGCCGCUAAAGGAGACGAGGGCGCCGCCUUUGGCCGGAACCCUAGCCAGGUCCCGGCCACCGGGGUGGCCAAGCCCGUCCCCAGACCCCCGACCCAGCAGGCCCCCUGCACGGCGGAGAUCAAGACCAUCGGGGCCUUCCCUCCACUGAUGAGGGCUGUGUCCUGGGACGCUGUGGGCAGCCUUAAUCCUAGGAAUGGAGCCCCAGCGUUCCCUCCCUCACUGGACGACGUCUUCUCAGACAAACCCAGGGACGUCUUCAAGUCCUCGGGCUACAAGGACUUCCCCGUCCAGCCGGGGGCUGUGCAGAAGCUGUCCAGACUCAGAGAGGAGCACAAGCUGAUGCGUCACCAGAGCAUAGCAGGAUCCAAGCUGCCAGACUUGAGUGAAACUGCCGAACAGGAAAAAGGCUCCCAGCCCUCGCCGGCAGCGGCGGCGGCGGCGGCCAGCAGCGAGGAGGCGAAGGAGAGGUGGGAUGCCAUGCCCAACAUCUCAGACCUGAUGCUGAGGAAGCUCAAACUCCACCGGGGUUUGCCGGGAUGUGCACCUGCGCUCUCUGAAAAAGAAGUUGAGAAUGCCUUCGUGCAGCUGUCCCUAGCGUUUCGGAACGACAACUACACCCUGGAGACGCGGCUCAAACAGGCGGAGCGGGAGAGGAACCUGACGGAGGAAGACACCGAGAAGGAACUGGAGGAGUUCAAAGGAGCCCUGAAGAUGACCUCUCCCCAGUGGCAGAACCUGGAGCAGCGCGAGUCCUACCAGCGCCUCAUCGAGACCGUGGCCGUGCUGCUGCGUCUGGCCACGCGCCUCUCCAGCCGAGCCGAGAUCGUCGGAGCCGUCCGCCAGGAGAAGCGUAUGAACAAGGCAACGGAGGUCAUGAUGCAGUACGUGGAGAACCUGAAGAGGACCUACGAGAAGGACCACGCAGAGCUGAUGGAGUUCAAGAAGCUCGCCAACCAGAACUCCAGCCGCUGUUACGGAGGCUCUGUAGAGGCCGGAGAUGAUGGAGUUCCACGAGCUUCAAGAUCGAUGUCGUUAACUCUGGGAAAGGCUCUGCCUCGGCGCAGAGUGAGUGUAGCAGUGGUGCCCAAGUUCAACCUGCUGAACGUCCCGGGUCAGAACCCAGCCACAGCUGCCCAGAGCCCCGGAGCAGGACCCGCUACCGCUGCUGCUCUUCCGGCCCUGUGUGAAGCGAAUGAUAUGAAAGGCAACACAGCACAACCAGCAACAGAAUGUGGAAAGAGUGUGUCGGAGCAGGAAAGCGAGGCGGCCAAGCCUUCAGUCAACAUAGAGGAGAUCAGAGCCGAGAUCAAGGCAAAGAUCGAGGAGGAGGCCUACAAUAAAGGCUUCCAAGAUGGACUAAAACACAGCAAGGCCCUCCAGGAGGAGAAGCAGGAGGACGCCGCUGCUGAGAAGCUGCUGGGAUCAAAGGACGAGGAUGAAGAGAGCGGAAAGAAGACGAAGACUAGCAGGACACCAGAGGAGGUCCUGGUUCUCCUUGGACGGGUUUGUCCCAGGAUUCCCAUGAGCCGGCGGCUCCUUGGCCUCGUCCUGACCCUGUUUGUGCUGAUGUGUCUGCUCAUCAGCAUUUUCGCUUUCUUUAACGAAUACUACAACAGACGUGAGGACACAUAAGGAGGGAGCGACUGAUGAAGAUCAGACCCAAAGGACACCGCCGUCGUCCGUCUCUGCAGAUCGGUCGGAUCAUCCCACCCGAACUCACUUGAACCCACAACCCCGAGUCUCACGGGUCAGACGUUUAGGAAGCCUUUGUCACAUUUAUCCUUAAGUUAUGAUUAAUUCAAGCUUAGAAAAAUAAUUCUAUUUAUGUUUAGGGACCAAGUGCACAGUGUGAAAAAAUAUGUGUUCUAAAAUAGAUCGCUAGUUCUAGUUUUAGUACGGAACGCGAUGAGUGCAUCAUGUUCCAGCACAAGCCACAGAGCCACAGUAGAAACAUUUAAUUUAUCUAUGCUCUAAUAUUAACAUAAAAUCUCUAGGGUCCAAAAAAGACCAAAUUAGAGACUGAAUUAUUUUAGAGAUUAAAAUAGUCAGUCUGCUGUUGUUUCAUUUCAUUGAUGUGUAUUUGAAGGUUUUUAGACUCAGGCACAUUCCAGUGGAGUUCAUGGAGUGCAAUAAUCGGAACACUGACAGAUUGUGGUCUUGGGAAGAAGCCUGGUUUUAUUAUUCCUGCUCACGUGUGGUUGCUCAUUCUGUGCCGCUUCACCUGGAAAUAAACGGUGCCUCAGUA